AUGUCAUAUUAUCCCCCUCCACAGGGCUACCCGGCUGGCCAGGGCGGGUAUGCUCCUCCACGUCAUCAGCAGUACCCUCCGCAGCAGCAAUACCCUCCCCAGCCAUACGGAGCACCACCUCCUCAGCAAUACCCACCACAAGGUUACGGAGGGUAUCCUCCGCAAGGGCCUCCCCCUCCCCAACAGAACCCAUACGGAUAUCCUCCUCAUACGCCGUCUCCCCAGCCACCUUACAAUGGUGGAUAUGCGGCUUCUUCACCUCAGCAACCUAUGUAUGGUGCUCCACAACUCCAUCCAAGCGUCUCCCCGGCACCUCCGAACGGUGGUCCAAUGUAUAGUGGCCGUGCAGGAGGUCCUCCUUCGCCUUAUGGCAAUCAUGGGCAGGGAGGGCAUAGUCGCCCUCCACCCCCACCAACGCAGCCUGUCCAAUUCGGCCAUGGUGCUCCCCAGGGAUAUAGCUUCCAAUACUCGAAUUGCACAGGAAAGCGGAAGGCAUUGCUGAUUGGGAUCAACUAUUUCGGUCAGCGCGGCCAGCUGCGCGGCUGUAUCAACGAUGUGAAAAAUAUGUCGAACUAUUUGAAUCAAAAUUUUGGCUAUGCAAGGGAGGACAUGGUGAUUUUGACUGAUGACCAGCAAAAUCCCAUGAGCCAGCCAACCAAGGCAAAUAUCCUGCGUGCCAUGCACUGGCUAGUUAAGGAUGCUAGACCUAAUGAUUCCCUCUUCUUCCAUUUUUCCGGUCACGGUGGUCAAACUAAGGAUCUUGAUGGCGACGAAGAUGAUGGGAAUGAUGAGGUUAUCUAUCCUGUGGACUUCAGAUCGGCUGGACACAUCGUCGAUGACGAAAUGCACAGAAUUAUGGUCAAGUCGCUGCUGCCUGGUGUGCGUUUAACCGCCAUUUUUGACUCAUGCCAUUCCGGUUCUGCUCUCGACCUUCCGUACAUCUACUCCACACAAGGCAUUCUCAAGGAGCCCAACUUAGCUAAGGAAGCCGGUCAAGGUUUGCUUAGUGUUGUUUCCGCUUAUGCGAGAGGAGACGUUUCUGGCAUGCUGUCCACAGUUGGGGGAUUCAUCAAAAAGGCUACGAAAGGCGAGGCCGGUUACCAGAAGGCGCGACAAACCAAAACGAGUCCCGCGGAUGUCAUCAUGUGGUCUGGCAGUAAGGACACGCAGACAAGUCAAGACGCUACGAUUAACGGAGAAGCUACUGGAGCCAUGUCUUGGGCGUUUAUCACUGCAUUAAAGAAGAAUCCACAACAGAGUUACGUACAGCUACUGAGGAGCAUCCGUGAUGAAUUGGCGACGAAAUAUAGUCAGAAGCCGCAAUUGAGCUGCAGCCAUCCGCUAAAUACCGACCUCUUAUAUGUCAUGUAA